UUCUUCACGUAGUGUUUUUAAAGGUGAGAGCGCUUUUUUCCACCACUUCCACAUUUCAACAUCAGACGCGAAGAUGGGAAGAAGUUGGAUUAUCUUCUCAUGAAGAACGGCGUCAAAACGGAGCAUUUCGCGCCUUCGCUGAUUGGCGGCUUUAUUAUACCAAGCUGCAGACACGGGGACGAAUCCCUACGUGGAUGUGUGUGUUUUUUUUCUACGUGAGAUUGAAUGAAGGUGGACGUGCAGCAGUUGGAAGAAGAAGAAGACAUCUGAAGAGGAAAAGAAGAAGAUGCAGCAGGUCGUGUCUGUGGACCGAAACACCCUGUGCCUGUUUGACGUGGACGGUACUCUGACAGCACCCCGAGAGAAAAUAGACCCACGGCUGGAUGACUUCUUCCAAAGUCUACGACGCAAAGUCAAGAUUGGUAUCGUUGGAGGGUCCGACUAUUCCAAGAUAGCGGAGCAGCUCGGGGAAGGAGACGAUGUCAUACGCAAGUUUGACUACGUGUUUGCAGAGAACGGCACGGUGCAGUACAAAGAUGGAAAACUCCUUUCAAAACAUGCUAUCCAGAACCACAUUGGGGAGGAGCUGCUGCAGGACCUGAUCAACUUCUGCCUGAGGUACAUGGGGCUCAUCAAACUGCCAAGGAAAAGGGGGACCUUUAUUGAGUUCAGGAAUGGAAUGCUCAACAUUUCCCCCGUGGGUCGGAGCUGCACCUUGGAGGAGCGAAUCGAAUUCUCCGAGAUUGAUAAGAAAGAAAAAAUCCGGGAGAAAUUUGUUGCAGCUUUGAAAGAGGAAUUUGCUGGGAAGGGACUGAGGUUCACCAAAGGUGGACUCAUCAGCUUUGAUGUGUUUCCAGAAGGCUGGGACAAGAGACUAUGUCUAGAUCUGCUCCAAAGUGAAGGCCUGGACGCCAUUUACUUCUUUGGCAAUGAGACGUCUGAUGGUGGAAACGAUUAUGAAAUCUUCAACGACCCGCGGACCAUCGGCUUCACCGUUUACUCUCCAGAAGAUACCGCCAGGCUUUGUCGAGAACUUUUCCUCAGCGAUGCGUCACAUGAGUCCUGAUGGUGCGUUUGUUUUCCCGAGAACUGUGUCAUGAUGCCUGCUGAAAGACAACAAGGGGUUGGUUGUUUGCGAACUCCUCGAAUGCACCACUACUGAUUCCGCUCUAUAGUAUUAAUAGAAUUAUUGAAAAUACGGGACUCAUAUUUGAAUGAAAGGUACAAGUACUACUGUACACCAGAGUAGCGCAUUUUUUUUGCACUGAUGUUUUUAUUCACUGUAAUUGAAACAAUAAUGAAGUUAUUAUAUUUAGUUAUGUGAGUCCAUAGUCAAAUAUUGUAAAAAACAUUCCAGUGUCUCAGAACUGGAUGUUAUUUAUUGGUGUUACUUCACGUUUAUAUUAUAAAGAUGCUGGAAUUUGCUUACUUGUACGGCAAAAUUGGAGCAACGACUAAAGCAGCAUUUGUCCGCUUUAUUUAUAUUUCAAAUUGCAGCACAUUCAGCUAUGGAACUAUGCAAACUUACUCACAACUUUGUAUAUUAAGCCAUUUCAUGUCCUGCAUGCUAUAAUGUGCUAUAAUAAUGACGUAGAGUAAAUGUUAUUGUGUGUCUGUGUAAUACUGUGAACAUUUCACUUGUCAGCGACAAGAUGUGUGUAGCCUACACUGCUAAUUGUAAGAUUAAUUAAUAAUUAAUGUUUUUCCACCCAUCAUGGGUUGAAACGAAUUUUUGACAAUGCAUGAGCUCAUAAAUCAGUGUAUAUAUUUCACAUAUUGCUCAGAUGUAUUGUUUGUACAAACGGAGCAUCAUGUGAUUAAUUAAUUAAAAUACCAUAACAGAUAUAUUUGCUUCUGCAUAUGUCAAAUUAUUCGUAUCCCAGAUUUUAUUGCUAAAUUUCAUAGCAAUACACAUCAUUCUUAAGUAAACUUUGCUCUGUUUAAGGGGAAUUAAGCAUUUUAGAAAGGAAAAUAAUAUGAAAAUAGUAUUUGAAAUGAAUAUCUUAACAGAUUUCCAGUCGUGAUGGCUAUUUAAGUGUUUUUUGUAAAUGUUUAUGGAAGUUUGAUCAUAUUUAAUCGCCGUUUCCACCAUAUUUCAGCAUAAGUGGUGUAUUAACGUGCAGUCGUCACUAGGGGGCAGUGUUGCGUCUCCUCUUGCCUGGUCUUGGGAAUUUUACGUCAGUUUAGUGUGCUUGACGGACUUCCUCUUUCUGCUCCUACGAAUGUCAAAUUUGCUGUGUUUCAUUUAUUGUAUCCUUUUAUUUGCAACACAGUCACCAAAUAAAAAAUCACUUUAACUCAAACGUUGACCAGAGUAUGAAUUGAUUUAAAUCUAAGAUC